ACAAGGACAGCCACCGCUUUAUUUAAAGAGCAGGAAAGGAACGGAACAGUUCAAUAUCUCUUUUCUUGGCCUACCUUCAUUCUCUGUUCACUAUGCCUGAGCCCGCCAAGUCCGCUCCUGCCCCGAAGAAGGGCUCCAAGAAGGCCCUGACCAAGGCCCAGAAGAAGGACGGCAAGAAGCGCAAGCGCAGCCGCAAGGAGAGCUACUCGGUGUACGUGUACAAGGUGCUGAAGCAAGUGCACCCCGACACCGGCAUCUCCUCCAAAGCCAUGGGCAUCAUGAACUCGUUCGUGAACGACAUCUUCGAGCGCAUCGCGGGCGAGGCGUCCCGCCUGGCGCAUUACAACAAGCGCUCGACCAUCACGUCCCGGGAGAUCCAGACGGCCGUGCGCCUGCUGCUGCCCGGGGAGCUGGCCAAGCACGCCGUGUCGGAGGGCACCAAGGCUGUCACCAAGUACACCAGCUCCAAGUGAGUGCUCAAGACUCAGCUCUUAACCCAAAGGCUCUUUUCAGAGCCACUCA